UUGUUGGCUCUGUGGUCAGUGAUUCUGGCACUUGGCCAAUCUAUGGUGUAUGCGGCUGCAGUAACCGAUUCACCAAUUAAAUUUAUAAAAUUGCCAGCUCAAGCUCCAGUAAUACGUUAUAGUCGAAUUGAAUUGCAGGCUGAACAACAAACGCAACCACAACAUCAACAACAACAACAACAAUCCCAUGAAACAACUACAUUGUCUGCUACUGCUGGUGCACCAUUGACAGCAAAUGAAUCCAUUCUCAGCACUUUAGAAAAUAUUGCCACAACCGAUGGUGCAACACCUUCGGAAUUGCAAAAUGAUGAUGCAUCCGUUUAUGGUUUGCCAACUGAAGCCGUUCUUGGUGCAUUAAUACCACGACAAAAUCGUGCAAGUUCUAAUAGCUGUCCUCGAUCUUGCCCACCCAGUUUGACAGUGGGUGCUGAUGCUGUCUGCGGUUCGGAUGGUUUAAUCUAUGCCAAUUUGUGUGAUAUGAAAAAGAAGACAUGCUCCAGGAAUAGUGUCAUAAAGGAUGUCCGUGAUGGUUGUGAACGUGCCAAGGGUUCAGAUUGUAAACAUCGUUGCCCCAGUGAGAAGGAUCCAGUUUGCGGUACAGAUGGUCGUACAUAUUUAAAUAGAUGCAUGCUACGUGUACAGGCCUGUCGUGUUGGUGUGGCUGCUGUUAAAAUGGCUCAUGUUGGUCCUUGCAGUAAUACGAGUGCCAUUCGUGAAUCAUGCCCCGUCGACUGCAACCAAUCGCCAAAGGAUGGACCCAUUUGUGCUUCUGAUGGCAAUGUUUACAAUUCCACAUGUGAAAUGAAAUUGUUAACCUGUGGCCAGGGAGUGGUGAAGACAAGUCGCAAACAUUGUCAAUCGACCAGAAUGUGCCGUGAAUCUUGUUGGCGUGUGGCACGUCCCACAUGUGGUUCAGAUGGUCGUCUUUAUGCCAGUCCCUGUAAAAUGCGUUCUUCCAAUUGUGGCAAACAUAUCUUUGAGGUACCGCUGUCGUUUUGUAUGCCCCAGGAACGUCAUGGUAAUCAUGUAGAAAAUUGCCCAACCGAAUGUCCCGAAAGUGAUAGUUCGGCGUAUGUGUGCGGUAGUGAUGGUAAUAUUUAUUCAUCGUUGUGUGAAUUGAAAAUGUUGAAUUGUGGGCCCCAACGUAAAUCGAUACAAAAGAUGAGCAUGGACAAGUGUAAAAACCGUUUGACGCGAUGCAAACAACUGCCACCUUGUAAGGACUUUAAUAAUUUAUUUGGCUCCAUAUUCUCCUCCAAGAGAAGUGAUAAACUUUGUGGUACCGAUGCCAAGACAUAUAAUAAUGAAUGUGAAUUGGCUCAUGCCACAUGUCUGAGAGGUGUUAAUUUGGCUCACGUUGGCCCAUGCACAGAUUUGAAAACACCCAUUAAGGAUUGUGGUGAACGCUGUACCCGCCAAGAUUUAGAAAGUGGUCCCAUUUGUGGUUCCGAUGGCAACACCUAUGCCUCGUUGUGCGAAUUUAAACGUAGAACCUGCCAUCUACGCGUUGUGCCAGUCUCUUUGAAAAACUGCCCCCUAACUGCUGACUGUGAUACCGAUUGUGAUGCCCAGCCACCGAAUUUCGUCUGUGGUUCCGAUAAUAAAUUCUACAAAUCCGAAUGUCAUAUGCGCAAAGAAAAUUGUGGCAAACAUGUGUUUGUGGUGCCGUUGAAACGCUGCCUCAGCAAUGUACAAUUUAAGGGUUGUGCCAAAAUAUGUCCAACCGAUUUCGAACCGAUUUGUGGCAGUGACAAUAUGACCUAUUCCAAUGAGUGUUUCUUGGAGAUGGAAAAUUGUCGCAGCAACAAUACCCUAACGAUACAACACUAUGGUGCAUGUGGACGGCCAGAGGCGCCAUCUAAUAAUUUUUUGUACUAG